GGGAGAAAGAAGGCCUGCUUAAGGUUGCCUCUCCGUCCCGUCGCUCCCAGGCACCCUUGGAAAAAAACCAACACCCGGCCCGCGGCUAGCCCCUUCCCCCAGGCUCUCUCCGCUCGAUUUCGCCACCGUUAUGUGGGAAGCGAAUCCGGAGAUGUUUCACAAAGCGGAAGAAUUCCUAUCCAAAACAGCAGGUAGUGAGAUGGAUGAGAUGGACACAUCAGAUACCCAGUGGGGCUGGUUUUACUUGGCAGAAUGUGGAAAGUGGCACAUGUUUCAGCCGGAUACCAACAUUCAGUGUUCAGUUAGCAGCGAAGAUAUCGAAAAAAGCUUCAAAACAAACCCUUGUGGCUCCAUUUCUUUUACUACUUCCAAAUUCAGCUACAAGAUAGACUUUGCAGAAAUGAAGCAAGUGAAUCUCACCACUGGAAAGCAGCGCCUGAUAAAAAGAGCCCCCUUUUCUAUCAGUGCUUUCAGUUAUAUCUGUGAAAAUGAGGCUAUUCCCAUGCCCCCGCACUGGGAGAAUGUGAACACCGAUGUACCCUAUCAGCUUAUUCCUUUGCACAAUCAAACACAUGAAUAUAAUGAAGUUGCUAGUCUCUUUGGGAAAACAAUGGAUCGCAACAGAAUUAAAAGAAUUCAGAGAAUCCAAAACCUAGACUUGUGGGAGUUCUUUUGCAGGAAAAAGGCUCAGCUCAAGAAAAAAAGUGGUGUUCCUCAGAUUAAUGAACAAAUGCUGUUUCACGGUACCAGCAGCGAGUUUGUGGAAGCAAUUUGCAUUCAUAACUUUGAUUGGAGAAUAAACGGUAUACAUGGUGCUCUCUUUGGAAAAGGAACCUAUUUUGCUAGAGAUGCUGCUUACUCCAGUCGCUUCUGCAAAGAUGACAUAAAACAUGGAAACACAUUCCAAAUUCAUGGUGUAAGCCUGCAACAUCGACAUCUGUUUAGAACCUAUAAAUCUAUGUUCCUUGCUCGAGUGCUGAUUGGAGAUUAUAUAAAUGGAGACUCUAAAUACAUGCGACCUCCUUCCAAAGACGGUAGCUAUGUGAAUUUAUAUGACAGCUGUGUGGAUGAUACCUGGAACCCAAAGAUCUUUGUGGUGUUUGAUGCCAACCAGAUCUAUCCCGAGUACUUAAUAGACUUCCAUUGAUUUGACUUACGAAUCUCCGUGGUCAAGGAAGCUUAUUCUUUUUUUGCAGGAAGAUUUGCUCUCCUGUCAUCUAGCCACUAAUGUUAUUUAUCUGGCAUUUUUGAAACAGAUAUGAAAAAAAGUGGCCUCCACAUAAAAAGACAAACUGACUUUAAGGUUGGUUUUUUUUGUUGUUUUGUUUCUGUGCGUUACGCAGUCUCGUUUGUUAAAGAUGGACACCACCACCAUUUUCACACCUCGCCUUGGACGAUACCCCUCGGAACUGAAUCAGCCAAGUCUCAGUUACCAUGUCAUUUAGAGUUUCUAGUGUAUGUAUGUGUUAGCAGGAUGAAUGUUUUCAGUUCAGAUAGACUUGUUCACAUAUAUGUCCAGAAAAUAAAUUAUAGACAGAAACUUGUUCCUUCAGAGGAACUGAUCCUUUGUAAACCGAAUCCUGAUGUUACUGCCCACCAGCCAAUGUGUUGCUUUGUUGGUCUUCUGAAGGGGGGAUUUGAAAGCUUGAAGCAGUCUGAGUACCUUGAGGGAAGUUAGAAAUAGGAGAAUUAUUUGCAGUGCUGCUAAACAAGCCAGAAGGAGAAAUCAAGGGAGAGCGCCCUGCUUCUGACUGCCCAGGACAGCAGGCUGUGGCCUCAGACCUGCUCCUGUCACUCUCCUGUCUCCUGCAUCUGAACUGACAAGUGCUGCAGCUGUCAGUAGCCUACAGUUCAUCCACCGAGGCUCUGGAAUUCUUGUACCAAGACUUGCUGCACAAGGUGUUUAUUGUAGCUUUAAAGUGAAACGUUUAUUUAUUAUUCAAAACACUUAUUUUCCCUUUGUUUUGGGGUCCCUACAAUGAUUACUUUUAAGAUAUUUGCUUCCCCACCACCACCACACACACAGCUGUUCUACACUGAUUUAUAAAAUUCACAUUUCUGAGUUAUAUUCCUCCAUUUUUAAUCAUUGCAGAAAGCAUUGGAUGCGUGGAACAAAUCUGGUUUAUUCCUUUGAGUAGCAACUGACAAUCUGCUAACUCUCUUGAAAAGUUACAAAAUUCAUGAUCAUCUUUAAUGGAAGCUCGCUUACCUGUUCCGUCCAUUUUGCCAUCUGAUUCUAAGGAGGAGUAGGCAAUAUUGCCCCGGCUUCCUGCCCCGGCAGUGUUCUGGCAGAUGCCGGGCAACAACUCGGCAGAGAUGUUCUAUAGGAGUUCAGGUAUCAGGUGGGGGAUUGGCCGUACAGUUGUUAAGAGUUUUUCCAACCUUGAUUUUCAAUGGUUCUACCUGGAAAAAAUAAAAAUAAAAAAGAACACUUGUAUCAAGCCUUUCCCAGACAGCCUUUUUUCUAACUCAGUCUAAUACUGAACUAAUACUGAACUCGCUUCAUUAUCCUUACCCAGUUUCGGCUGAGAGGUAGUGAAUAUAAUUUAACUUCUCAAGAAGAAUCCAGUAAAUGUCCAUGUCUGUUGUUCAGUUCAGUCGUUUGAGUUGAGAAGGCAUCUAGGAAUAAUAAAAGCAAAGAGCAUGGAGCAAGAUUGAGCGUGGUACUUCUCUACCUGCUGUCUGUCCCCACGUGUUUAUUACAGCCCCGAAUACUUGUAAUUGUGAGUCACAAGUAAGUAGUACACAGGAAACUGCAUGUGUAAUACUUUGAAACCAAGAGACAGCAAAGAUUUCCUGACUCAGAUGUGUGGACUAACAGCUGGUUUUGAUGAAGUGCUGUGAAUAUUUAGAAAAAGAACAUGUUUUAGAAACAGGCAGAGAUCAUCAUGGAAAUGACUGGAGAUAAAACCCCCAGGCUGCCUUGGGAAUGAGGUUGAACACCAUUGCUCUAGCCUUGGUCACAAAAACUUCGUUAGAGACAUUAGGAAUUUUGAAUUUUGAAAAUUUUCUUGUACUUUUAUUUGUUUUUACAUACUAAAAAUGUUUAAAUAGUCUCUAACAUGGCUGUCUUUUUUUUCUGAUUUAACAUGAUUGCCCCUCCCAUCACUUGACUGGAAUAACUAUUGUAGUGUCUGGGGUUUUCUUUUAGACAUGUAUAGAUCUUAUCAGGGUGACUAAGAGCCCAGAGCUGAAAUUUGCAGGGCAGUCUCUAUGAACUCUGAACUUAAUUGGUUGGCUCAUCUGUAGGAAGUAGAGAGCACUGCAAUAGACAUUGUGAGGAAGAACUGUAUGAGAAUCUACUGUCAACUCCCCUUUUAUAAGAAAGAACCAAUUUAAAUCAUUUUUUAAUGUGAUAGCAUUGAGUUAAUUGAUACUGAAAUUUAAUUUCUUUGUUUUGAUCAGUAGAUUGAGUUGAGAAUCAUAACAUCAAUAUGUCAUACAUAUUGGACUGGACCCAUCCAUUUGUCAUCUUUCCCUCUUGUCGUCACCUAGUAUGGAUGGGAGAGAGAAGAGAAGCACUCCAGGUUAAAGAAUAAAUGGUUUAAACUAUUCUACAUUGAAUAAAUUCCAGCUGAUAGUGACUUUCCUUUUUCAUUUUGGUGAUACCAGCCCCAGGGUAAAAAACAACAAGAUGUUUGUAAGACAGUUUCAUAAAUCUUGCCGUUAUGAACAACAGGAAGGUUUUGUAUUAGUGCAACUUUCAUUUCUAGACUUAUGGUGAUGACAGUAAAGAAUUUGGAGCCAUUUUUGAUAUGUGAAAAUAUUGUUUUUACAUGUGGUGAUUAAAGCUUUCCAUCACAG